AGUUCAUUUUGUCACAAAGUCUUUUGUUGUUAUUUUAGGAGCUUCAUUUUCGUUUACAAUAUUUAAUUUCGUAUUACUGCUUAGUGAAAAGAAUUUCUAAGUAUUUAUUGUUAUCAAUCAGGGAUUUUAAAUUUAAUUUAAAGAAUACAAAUCGAGCAGUAGGUUACUAGUAGAUAAACAAUUUUGCUGUAAGUUUAUUGGUAGGCGCUUAUUGACUAUAGCCUGAGGUGGUCAAAACACGUGGUUGCUGACCACAGUAUAUGCACGCUUCCGCAAUGGCACGCCGAGAGAAAACCGUAGACCUGAAUUACAUCGAUACCGAAUUCUCUUCUGGGGACUCUAAAAAGAUGAAAUCGAAACGCUACCAGGAGGAAAACAACAACGAGGUCGAUGAGCUCUCGAAGGAAUUGUCAGAGAUGGGAUGCAUAGUGGAUGCUGUAAAGAGACCGAAUAUAUGCGUGGAGAACUGCGUCUACGAUGGAUCUGAGUCUGAGCAUGAGAAGUCCGAGGUCUAUAACGAAGAGGAUGCGUACUCCGACGAAUUUGAAGAAGAUAAAAGUGAGGAAGAGGAAUCUGUGAAGUCCCUCCCUAAGUCUGAAAUGAGUGACACGAGCAGGGAGCAGACUUUAAGGUCUUCCGUGAAACUGACCAAAAGUCAGUCUUCUAUGUCGAGUAAUAAACCGCCUGUAUCCGUUUCUGGGAGAUCGACUAGUUUUGGAUCAAUAUCAGGCCUGAAAACUCGCCGCAUCAACAUGUCGUUCACUAAUGAGAGGCUUCGGGAGAUUGAGAGGCACAACCACAUACUGCUGACGAAGAUCUUGAGCGCCAGAAACGCGAGAAAGUGCUCCAUCCCGCCGCGGGAACAGGCGCUCCGGAGACCGGUGCCCUCUGCCGCUGUGUGCCGGAAGAGUCAGCAGAGGCAGAUCGAUCAUGAUAAUAUGAUUCUUCUCAAGAAGAUCCAGCGAGCGAAGUCAUCAGCUUGCAGCAUCCGUCGUUGAUAUAGAAGCGGCGUCCGAUGCGCGGGCGCAGCUCUGUUAUAUUGCCAAUAUUGUACACUGUUACUGUCACCUCUACGAGUGAUGAUACUGUUAAUAAAUUUAUUAAUCGAGUUUUUUAAUGUA